GGUCCAAUACCUUAUAGAAGGCCCUCACAACCAGUAAGUAUCUCUGGAUUUAAACACCAGAGGUCACAGUCGCUUGUGUCUGGACAAGGUACAAUGUUUGGCAUUUAUCGUUCCCCACGUGUAGAACCUUCACACUAUCAACAUCUGUCCGAACCAAUAAUUUCUUUGUGUGAUGACCAAGGUCAAAUUAAAAAACAGGAUAACUUGUCGCCCCAGGAAAGUCCUACCUCGUACCGUUCUGUACAGAAUAGCAACAUAUACCUGGAUGAUGGUCAGGGUCAAGUUAAAAGUCCUAUCUUGUACCGUUCUGUACAGAACAGCAAUGUAUACCAGGAUGACUACCAGGAAGACUAUACCCAAGACGAGAUAAAUGAAUGCUAUAAUGUCAAUGUAAAAGCUCCAAAAGAGGUCAUUGUUGCAAAUUUUCAUGAUUUUUGUCAGACGAUGUUAUCAGUAGAUAACGUAGAUGAACAGAAUUUUGGAAACAACUCACAACCUAGCGAUCCUCCAAGAAAAGGGACGUGUUUGUAUGUUACGACGAAUCCGAAACCUGUACCUUUCAAGAACAUUAACGGAGAUAAUCAAAGUUACCAGUCAAAGGAAAACGAGCGUUUAACCAACGAGGAACAAUUAUACAACACCGAGAGCCAAACCAUUGUAGAAAGCAACAGUGGUAGCCAGGCGAAGAACCAAUCACUUCGAAGUGAAGCAUCGAAGGAUGAAGAGGCUUUACACAGUGACCUUAAGAUGAACUAUUUUACCAAUAAGGGUAAGGUGGAAGUUACAUCGAAUGUUGUUCAACCUGAAUCUUCCUCCUCUCCUCAUAGUUCAAAAAUCGUUAAAGAAAUGGUGAAAAAGAUGGCUAGCCACCCAAACGGUGGAAAUGAUGAAUUUGUAUUACUAAGAAGAUAUGAUCAGUGCUCUAAAAAGGAACAAGGAAGAGGUGAAACAGGAGCAUUAACUAGUAUUGAACAUCUAGAGAAAACUACUAAUGAGAUCCUACAACCGUCCAAUGAAGGAGCCUCAAACAGACUAUAUUUUACAUCAAAUCAUAACCUGUCUCUCAUGGAGACUAACAAAGGACCGAGUAUCAUAGACCACGAAGCUCAGACGGAUAACUUAAUUGAAGAAAUAUACAUUCCUUUAAGCAGUAAAAAAAGUCCCAGUAGAGUAAGUUAUCAGGAAAUAGAGAAUCCAAGCUUUUGUAACCAUCAAACUGAACCUUCAAGAUUUGAACAAACAGAGCCUACAAACAUUAAACGACUGAAUGCGAAAUUUCGUAGAAGAACGAUUGAUACAUCAGAUCCUAACCAGGCAGCUCGUGCAGUAGGUCUCAGAAGAAAUAGUGACCUAACAAAAAGUCUUGAAGAACAAGAUACCAGAAUAGAGAUUUUGCAGGAACCAGAUUCUUUUACAAAUCCCAAUGUGAUAAACAAUGACACAUCGCCACCAAUUCCACCAAACACAUCAUCUUUACCCGAGAAGUCAAGUGAUAUUAAAUCACUUAAUGGAAGUUCGUGUAUCACAACCUUCAACUCUGACAAAUAUGAGGCUGAUGUGACUCCGUUGAACGGAGAUUUCUUUAACGGCACAGAUUUGGUGGAUUCCGGCACGAGCUCUCAACAGCAAGGACACUUUGUGGUGGUGGCUAUAGACUUUGGUACCACGUACAGCGGAUACGCCUUCAGCUUCAUCCGGGAUCCUUCCAACAUUCACAUGAUGAGGAAGUGGGAAGGUGGCGAUCCCGGUGUACCCAACCAGAAAACGCCCACCACUUUACUUCUGACACCUAGCGGCGAGUUUCAUUCCUUUGGUUUUUCAGCGCGAGAUUUUUACCACGAUUUGGAUGUAGAAGAAGCCAAAAGGUGGUUUUAUUUGGAAAAGUUCAAAAUGACGCUUCACCACCAAGAGAAUUUAAGUCUAGAGACACCCAUCGAGGCAGCUAAUGGUAAAACCAUGCCAGCAGUGACAGUUUUCGCACACGCUCUUCGCUAUUUCAGAACGCACGCUCUGGAAGAACUAAGUGACCAGACAGCUACCGAAAUAGUGAAUGAAGACAUUCGUUGGGUGGUGACUGUUCCUGCCAUCUGGCGGCAGCCAGCGAAACAGUUUAUGCGAGCUGCGGCUUAUGAAGCUGGUAUAGGAUCUCCCGAUCAUCCGGAACAACUCCUGAUAGCCCUGGAACCCGAAGCAGCUUCCAUCUAUUGCAGAAAGCUCCGAAUGCACCAAUUAGUUCCCGAAGUUCCUGGCCAGCGACGUCUUUCUAUGAAGCAAGAAGAGUCGCUUGAAGAAACUAGCGCACUAGCAGUGGUUGAAACUGAGGGCACACGAUACAUGGUGGUGGACUGUGGGGGAGGAACUGUGGACAUCACGGUCCAUGAGCUCCAGAAUCAACAAGGAACUCUGAAGGAGCUCUACAAGGCUACAGGUGGUCCUUAUGGCUCUGUUGGAGUUGACCAAGAAUUCGAGAAACUUCUUAAUGACAUUUUUGGUGCUGACUUUGUUGAAGAAUACAAGAUGAGGAGACCAGCUGGAUAUGUCGACCUCAUGGUCGCAUUUGAAGCUAGGAAGAGAAAUACUAGUCCUUUUAAUAGUAACCCACUUAAUAUAUCUCUACCAUUUUCCUUCAUCGAUUUUUAUAAGAAGUACAAAAACAGCUCGGUGGAAUCGGCUCUCAGAAAAUUCAGCCAGAAAAGUAUUAAGUGGUCAUCUCAAGGAAUGCUUCGACUUGAACCAUCUGCCAUGAUGAAUCUUUUUCAGCCUACCGUCCACCACAUUAGACAACAAAUUGCCAAUAUACUGAACAACCCAAAUAUUGGAGCCAUAGAUUAUAUCUUCCUGGUUGGUGGAUUUGCCGAGUCCCAGAUUUUGCAGAAAGAGAUCCGUGAUAAUUUCUCUCCCCGUUUGAAGGUAAUCAUUCCUCAAGGGGUAAGUCUCGCUAUCGUCAAGGGAGCGGUUUUAUUUGGGUUGGAUCCUACCAUUGUCAAGGUGCGACGUUCUAGGAUGACUUAUGGGGUUGGUGUUCUCAAUCGUUUCAUUCAUGGAGUUCAUCCUCCCGACAAGCUAGUAGUCAAGGAUGGUGUUGAAUGGUGUGCCGACGUCUUUGAUAAAUUUGUCAUUUGUGACCAGUCUGUGGGUCUGGGAGAUGUUGUUAUCAGAAGUUAUACCCCAGCAAAAGCUGGCCAAUCAUGCAGUGUCAUCCACAUUUAUAAUAGUGAGCGAGACGACACGAAUUUUAUUACAGACCUAGGGGUCAAGAAAUGCGGUUCUCUGAUCCUGGAUCUCUCCGAUCCCAAACACCUAUCUGGUGUUCUUCAUCGUCGAGAGAUUCAGACAAGAAUGGUGUUUGGUGACACAGAGAUAAAGGCCACUGCACUGGACGUAGCAACUGGCACCUGCGUCAAAGCUGACAUUGACUUUCUCAAUCAUUAAAGUAUUUAGUAGGGCGAGCUAUGGAGCUCACAAGUGUGUAAUGUUGUAAGGUCUUCUACAGAAAUAAGAUGCUGUUUUCUGUUGCUGAAUCUGUGAGAAAUUUACAUUUUGUACGAGCGUUGUUCAGUACAUUAUUAUUAGUUGUUUCUGUUAUCAUAACUAAAUGUGAAAGUAAGUUUGGAGGUUUAUGUACAGAGACGUUCCAUUAAAGCAUUUAGAAUCAUACUAGCUAUGAACAAUACGAUAACCGAAU